UCGGUUGCUUCAGUUGGUUUGUGAAGAUUGAACAGUGAAGUAGCAAAUUGAAGAUCAAAUUAUUUUGUGAAGAAAUAUAUUUUCAAAAUGGUGUCCCACGAAACAUUCCGCUCAAUGGGCUACAUCUACGGCGGACUUCAAUUUAUUAGUUCACUGCUUUUGCUGAUAAACUCCAGCCAUCUAGUUGCCGAUGGAAGCGUAGUCGGUAUUUGUACACUUAUAACUUCAUUAAUUAAUCUGAUUGCCGUUAUCAUCCUCAUUACUGGGUUUUUCAUGCGAAAAGCAAUCUUCGUAACGAUUCAUCUACGAUUUGCGACAACAGUUUACGUUUCGCUGAUGAUCAUCCUUUUCGUUUGUUGCAUCGUGGACGGCGUCAAAUAUUCAUCGCAUGAUGAAAUUCCGGACGCCCAACAGCGUCAAGUUGCGGUAUCCGGUAUCACAGCACUUGCCAUUUCGUGGAUCGUUUUUGCAACAUUGUUCUAUUCACUUAUUUCAUGGAUUCUUAAUGGAUUUAUUGUAACAGUUAAAAAUGAUACUGUACGUUUGGUGUCAACAGGUGAUCGUGUUUAAAACAGUUCCUUUAUAUAUAACUAAAUUGCCUUACAUUCAUAUCCACAACUCAAUGUUAUGAGUAAUAAAGCAUAGAAUUGCACCCGAA